CACCAGCCUUCCGGGGUACGCAAGUAGCCAUGUUGCGGUGAUGAGAAGUCCCAUACAUCGAGCAUUAUAAGCCGCGAUGCACCAAGUCACAGGUCCGUAAAUCCCAACAUCGACGGAGGAAAUCUUCGAAAUCGACUACGCCGUACUGGAAAAACAACACUCCAACACGCAGAGUUAAAAACUUGGCCGAUACAUCUCCAAGGCUCCAACACUGUUACUCUCUCUCUCUCCCCAAUUCAAGCCUUUUGGGGGGCAUAAGCUUCAUCCUCAACUGUUUGUUUGGCUUCAUAGUUCGGCUUCCAAUUCUCCGAUCUCUGCUUUGUACAUGGUUGUGGCUGAUCGAUCAUGGCCAAUUUCUUAGCUCAGUUUCAGUCAAUCAAGAACUCUUGCGAUCACAUCAUCAUUGCUGUUGAAGAUGUAAGCGAUUUGUGGCCCCUUGUCAAGAAGGGGUUUGAAGAACGAUUACCAUAUGAAAGAGCUUGUUUGAAUAACAAGACACGGAAUCCUGUCUUUGUGGAGAAACUGCGUGCCGAAUAUAUUUUGACAACUGAUUCAAGGCUACGUAGUCGAUUUCAUCAGGAGCAAUCGUUAUUUUGGUUCCGAGAACCAUAUGCAACAGUGGUUCUUGUAACUUGUGAGGAUCUUGAUGAGUUCAAGACUAUCCUUAAACCACGCCUGAAGUUAAUAGUUCAAAAUGAGGAACGGGAGUGGUUUAUUGUGUUUGUGUCAAAGGCUCCACCCCAUAAUGAUCAGGCCACCAAGAUGGCAAAAAAAGUAUAUGCCAAACUUGAAGUGGAUUUCAGCUCAAAGAAGAGGGAAAGGUGCUGCAAACUAGACAUACAAGGUCCUGAAGCAAAUUUUUGGGAAGACUUAGAAUCUAAACUCAUGGAGUCCAUUAGAAACACUCUUGAUAGGCGGAUUCAAUUCUACGAGGAUGAGAUCCGCAAGCUCAGUGAUCAGCGGUUUAUGCCAGUUUGGAACUUUUGUAACUUUUUCAUACUAAAGGAAAGCUUGGCGUUUAUGUUUGAGAUGGCUCAUCUCCAUGAAGACUCAUUACGUGAAUACGAUGAACUAGAACUCUGUUACUUGGAAACAGUUAAUAUGACAGGGAAACAGAGGGACUUUGGAGGAGUGGACCAUGGUGAUGAUCAGGCUGCAUUGCUGAACCCGGGGAAGAAACCAUUGACCCAGAUUGUUCAAGAUGAUUCAUUUAGGGAAUUUGAGUUCAGACAAUAUCUGUUUGCAUGUCAAGCAAAGCUAUUAUUUAAGCUAAAUCGUCCUUUUGAGGUUUCUUCAAGGGGUUAUUCGUUUAUAAUUAGCUUCUCAAAAGCAUUGGCCCUGCAUGAGAAUGUGUUGCCUUUCUGCAUGCGGGAAGGUUGGAUGAUAACAGCUUGCUUGAGUUUAAUCGACACUACUACUUCUCAUUAUAGUGAUGGACUUGUGGCGCCUGAUAUAGAAAAAGACUUUUACCGGGUUCAGGGGGAUCUUUAUUCUCUGUCCCGAAUUAAGUUCAUGAGGCUUGCAUAUUUGAUUGGUUAUGGAUCGGAAAUAGAAAGAAGCCCUGUCAAUAGUGCUUCACUCAGCAUGCUGUCAUGGCCUAAGCCUGCAGUUUGGCCUACAAUUCCACCUGAUGCUUCAUCUGAGGUGCUUGCGAAAGAAAAGAUGAUUCUUCAAGCAACUCCAAGGAUUAAGCAUUUUGGUAUCCAGAGGAAGCCCCUACCUCUUGAACCGUCAGUUCUUUUGCGUGAGGCUAAUCGGAGGAGGGCCUCUCUUUCUGCCGGAAAUGUGUUUGAGAUGUUUGAUGGGCGCUCAGGUUUAACUGAUGGCUCAGGUUUGGAUGCAAAUAUGUCCCCUUCAGCUAAAAUACAUGCUAUUACCAUGUCACGAACUAAUUCUUCGCCUAUGAACUUUGAGAGCUCCAUUGAUCGUCCUAUGAGACUAGCAGAAAUAUAUGUUGCUGCUGAUCAUGCUCUCCGGAAAACAAUUUCUGGUCCUGAUCUUUGCAAGUCAUUGUCAUCUAUAGAGGAAUUCGAGGUAAAGUAUUUGGAACUAUCAAAGGGUGCUGCUGACAAUUAUCAUCGUUCAUGGUGGAAAAGACAUGGAGUUGUCCUUGAUGGUGAAAUUGCAGCUGUCUGUUAUAAGCGUGGCAAUUUUGAUCUAGCUGCAAAGUCAUAUGAGAAGGUUUGUGCUCUUUAUGCUGGUGAAGGAUGGCAGGAUUUGUUGGCUGAAGUCCUUCCUAAUUUAGCAGAGUGUCAGAAGAUACUAAAUGACCAAGCUGGCUACCUUGCAUCUUGUGUGAAAUUGCUCUCCCUAGACAGAGGCUUGUUCUUGACCAAGGAACGCCAAGCUUUUCAAUCUGAAGUUGUUCAUCUUGCACAUAGUGAAAUGAAGCACCCUGUGCCCCUAGAUGUGUCUUCAUUAGUAACAUUUUCAGGCAUUCCGGGGCCACCGUUGGAGUUAUGUGAUGGAGAUCCCGGCAUUUUAUAUGUAAUUGUUUGGAGUGGCUUUCCGGAUGAUAUAACUCUUGAAUCACUUAGUCUCACUCUUACAGCAACCGAUAAUGCUGAUGAAGGUGUUAAGGCGAUAAAGAGCUCUGGCGCUACAAUACUAAAUCCUGGCAAGAAUACUAUCAUCCUUUCCCUACCCCCACAGAAACCAGGUUCCUAUGUCUUGGGGGUUCUUACAGGGCAGAUUGGUCAAUUGAGAUUUAGAUCUCAUAGUUUUUCAAAAGUUGGACCUGCGGACAGUGAUGAUUUUAUGAGUUAUGAGAAGCCAACUAGACCUAUUCUAAAGGUGUUCAAACCGAGGUCUCUGGUUGAUCUUGCUGCAUCUGUGUCAUCUGCUUUGCUAAUGACUGAACCUCAGUGGCUGGGAAUAAUAGUAAGGCCGAUCAACUACUCCCUUAAGGGUGCCAUCUUGCAGAUUGACACUGGUCCUGGUUUGAGGAUUGAGGAGUCACAUAUCAUUGAAAUUGAGAGGGAGGCCAAUGCAUCGCAGAAUACAGUUGCCUUGGAUUCCUCAGAUGGUGCUAGCAAUGAUGGUUUUGCUGUUGCUGAAGAAUUUAAGCAGUUGACUCUUCGUGAUGGUAAAAUAGAGUUGCCAGACUGGGCAAGCAAUAUAACUUCAGUUUUGUGGAUUCCUGUGCGUGCUAUUAGUGACGGGCUACCUAGAGGAACAUCUGCAGGGGCAGGUAUACCCCAGAGACAGAGUGUUGUUGAUGGAUUGAGGACAAUAGCUUUGAAAUUGGAAUUUGGAGUAUCACACAACCAGACCUUUGAAAGGACCUUAGCUGUACAUUUUACCAACCCUUUCCAUGUGAGCACACGUGUCACAGACAAAUGCAAUGAUGGAACAUUGCUUUUGCAGGUGAUACUACACUCACAAGUUAAGGCUUCAUUAACAAUCUACGAUGCUUGGCUGGACCUUCAAGCUGGAUUUGUUCAUGCAAGGCAAGGUGAUGGGAGACCAAUUUCGUCCUUCUUUCCAAUAGUUGUAUCCCCCACAUCUAGAGCGGGAAUCCUAUUCAGUAUAUGCCUGGGAGCUACAAUUGUUGAAGAUGAAGCCAAGUCAAUGCCUCCUGAUAGUAUAUUACAUAUCAGAUAUGGAAUCACUGGUGAUAGAACCCAUGGAGCCCAUAUGCCCACGUUGGUGGAGGAACCCAGUGGACCCGAGGAUACUCCAAAGCAUUUGAUUUUCAGUAGUGCUAUUGUUCUACAGCGGCCUGUGCUGGACCCUUGUCUUGCAGUUGGAUUUCUUCCUCUUCCUUCAACUGGUCUCAGAGUUGGGCAGCUUGUUACCAUGAACUGGAGACUCGAAAGGUUAAAAGAUUUUGAGGAGAAUACGGCAUCUGAAAGCAAAGAUGAGGUAUUGUAUGAAGUAAAUGCAAAUUCUGAAAACUGGAUGAUUGCCGGGAGGAAAAGGGGGCAUGUACCACUCUCCACAAAGCAAGGUUCAAGGAUAGUUAUCUCAAUAUUGUGUGUGCCUCUGGCUGCUGGAUAUGUUCGUCCUCCUCAACUUGGUUUGCCGAAUGUUGACGAGGCAAAUAUAAGUUGCAAUCCUCCUGGACCUCAUCUGAUCUGUGUCUUGCCUCCAGCUCUCAGCUCUUCUUUCUGUAUACCAGCCUGAUUGCUUGGCAUCUUCCUUGUUUUACUCUGGUUACUAGUAAGAUCGAGGUUUUCCAUUUUAUAGGAAGUUGAGGUAUACAUAUUGGGUAGCCAUUUUUUCUCCUUGGAAUUUGUAAAUUUGUAAUUUUUCUCAAUUUUUUUGGGGGGUAAAUUAAGAGACUUGGUUCUUCGAGUUUUCAAAUCAUCGGCUGCUAGGUAACAUCUUUGCUCAUGUACAAUGGGACUUUGGACUUGUACAAUAGUGUAGAUACUAAAUGAAUAUCAAAGGGGUUUUCUUCUGUCUUCUUGUAAUAGUCUGGACAAAGUAAAAAUUAGGCAACAAGUUUAUAUAUGCCGUUGGAUUAAUUCUGUCCUAUGUUUGUUUGAGAAGGCAUGAAUCUUGCAUAAAUUUUAUCCAAGCA